CAAUUUGUCAUUGUAAUUAAGGUUAACACUAAAUAAAAUAAUGAUACUACAAAUAUCCUGCAAAUGCAGGACCCCCUUUCGCAUGCGCCGCCAAGCGAACUGGGAAUAUCUGCGCGGGCAACGAUCGCUGCUGUGCAGGUGCAUCCAACACGCAGAGACUCCAAUUCGUAGUCUUGUUUGCGGUACUGCAUCGGCCAGCACUGCCCCUCCCCAAUCGCGCUACCGCCGCUUGCGCUGGGCGGGAUAUUUUGAGCAUCCUGCAGUGCAUGCAUUAGCCAGCUCUGUUUUUAUGCGCAUUCCACAUACCAAGAUGGCAAAGGGGUGUGCAGGCGGCAGCGUAUUUGUAGCUGUGCAACCACCUCCCCCAAAUGGGCAAUGUCGUCUUUCGGGAUACCUGCAAAUCACAACAUGCUUUCCAUUUUAGCAGAAGCGAUUUUUGCCACCAAAUCACAAUUGUAGCUUUCCAAAUAAAUCCGGCACAUAUAUCAGCUUGGAUAUGAUGCGCAAUUAUAAUUUUAAAUUUAAAAUUAUCGAGAAAAAUAAAUGCGAGGAUAAUUGCGAUUGAUGUUGCAAUAUAUGCUGUGAUGGAGAUGGGGCAAGCGGCGUGUAACUUGGUGAUAUCUAAUUUACACGUGCACCCAAAGAAACUUCAUUUAUGGUGCCCUGUCUUCCUUUGCCUUUUGGCAGUUAUGAUUGAACAUCGCUCCCACUCGCACUGUGACUCAA